AUGUUUUGUGUUAUUAAACCAAACGCAACGGCUAAAGUGAGGGAUGCAUUCAAAGCUCAAUAUAAAAGUAAAGCAAGUGAUGCUGAGAGAGCAUUCAAAGAAAUUUUAUUAUUUGAUACUAAACAACAGAAAGUUCAAAAUAAAGAAAGUGAUGCUAAAAGAGCAUUCAAAGAAACAGUGUCAUUUGAUACUGAACAACAUGAAGCUCAAUCAUAUCAUUUUGUUUUUGUUCUUGAUGAAUCAGGUUCAAUGAGCCCACAUUGGAACAAAUUACAACAAGCAUACAACAAUUUCUUAACACGACGUAAUGAUGAUCAAGGAGGAGAUGAUGUUAUUACUGUUGUUCAGUUCGAUAGCAGUGCACGUACGAUUUGCUCGAGACAAAAAGUUAUUGAUGCUCCUCGUACACUUUACAUUCAUGGUGGUGGUACAGAUUAUGCACAAGGUUUGAAAGAAGCAACAAAAGAAAUCGAGAAAGACAAAACAGGUGCAUCGAUUGUCAUGACUUUUAUGUCGGAUGGUGCCGAUUGUGGUAAUGGUAAUCCCAAAAAUAUAAUUAGUCAGUUGAAAUCAAAAUACAAAACGGAUCAUAAUUUUAUUUGUCAUACGAUUGGUUUCAGUGAAGGUAUUCAAAAAGGAAGUAAAGAAGAGAAAAGACUUGACCAAAUGGCAAGCAAUGGUGGUGGUAAAAAGUACAUGGAAGAACAGGCGAUGCACUGA